AAGAAGAUUUCGAACAUUUAUAACUCAUAUUUCUAUCGUGCAUUUAUUUAGUUUAAAAGCACAUGAAUUAAGAAUAUUUUAUUGGAUAAAAAUUACCAUCAAUAUGAGUUCUAGUGAUUCUGAGUUAAGUGAUAGCGAUUUAGAGCUUCAACAAGCUUUUGCUGAGGGCCGUCUCAAGCCAGGUUUCAAUAAAGUAGAACAGGCUCCUAAACAAUUCGUCAACAAUAUAAGCGGCUUAAAACAAAAACUCGAAGAAAUUAAACUCGAUUUAGCAUGGAUAGAAAGGCUAGAUUGUAUAAAUGCAGAAGCACCGCUAGCUCCAGAACUAGUCGCUGAAAUGUUAACACAAGAAGAAAAGAGAAGCAAUGAAUUGAGAAACAACAAGAAAUUACCUCAGUUUUCACCAAAGGAAGAUCCAGUUUUAAAUGAUUUUAAAAGAGAGAUGAUGUUUCAUAGGCAAGCACAGGCGUGUACUUUGGAAGCUAUACCUAAAUUAAAACAAAUGGGUCUCCCUACUAAAAGACCUGAUGAUUAUUUUGCGGAAAUGGCAAAAACUGAUGAACAUAUGCAAAAAAUUAGAGAACAUUUAAUGAAAAAACAACAACAGCAAAAGAGGAGCGAACACGUGAAGCAACUUAGACAGCAAAGAAAAGAAGGAAAAAUGCUUCAAGUUCAAACAAAAUUACAGAGAUCACAAGAAAAGAAAGAAAUGCUCGCCCAAGUUAAAAAAGUUAGAAAAGGUUUAUCUAAAGAUCUGGAAUUCCUCGACGGUAAAGGUAAAUUAUCAGCUAAGAAGUUGGCUGAAAAGAAAAAGAUGAAAGAUAAGAAGUUUGGAUUUGGUGGCAAAAAGAGAGGAAUGAAGAGAAAUACAAGAGAUAGUGCAGGAGACAUAAGUGAAUUUACAAAUCCUGGAAAACCGGGAAAGGAAAGGAAAUUUAGUAAUAAAGGUAAAGGAAGUAAACAAAAAUCUGGAGGUAAAGGGAAAUCGGGAGGUAAACAAAGGAUGGGUAAGAAUAGGAGGAUACAAAUGAAGGCGAAAGGGAAAAAAUAAUUUAUACAUUGAAUAAAUUUUUUUUUGUAGUUUGAUUUUUUUAUACAACUGUUUUCAUGUCUUUCUUGUACAUAUCACUCUCCCCAGUAAAAUUAACGGAUAAAUUACUAAAUAAAAAACAUUUCAACUACUAUUGGAGGAAAUUUGAUGAAAAAUAUUCAAAAUAGGGUUUUAAAAGCAAACUAAAAAUAAUUUUGAUUAAUGUCCUAUAUUUCUCCUCAGAUUUCAUUUUUGCCAAGAGUAUUUCUUAUUUCAAUAACUCUGAGGUAACUCAAAUAAAUUGAGAGGUAGCUUUAGUAAUGAAAUUAGUACUGAAAACACUGGGUUCGCCUGUAUAGCAGCAAGAAAGGGGGACUCAAUAAUUUCUUUCUCUCACAAUGUAUAAGAGACCCCAAAUCUAUAUAUACAUACAAACAAUGAACUUAGUAAGUGAUAGAUUUUGAUAUCUAUGUAAUUAUGAACGAUUGUAAUGAUUUGGAGAAGGGGGUUAAUAAUAGCCUCAAGUAAGUAUAGUUAAAAUACCUUAAAACAAAAAACGAGCAUUUUCUUGAAAUCUAAUUUAUACUGCAAAUUAUUCGGUUGGACUAUGUUUUGUGACUCACUCUGUAUUUAUUUUCGAGGUAGAAAUAAAACGAUAUUUUAAUAGCAGAAAAAGUAUAUAUUUAGUAAUAAUAGCAUUGUUCAUAAUUUUAAGACUGUAUUCAAUAAAACUCCAUAUUGCUUAUUAA